AUGCGUCAUAAGGAAGCCUGUUUGCGUAUCACAUGUUUGACGGUAUGCAAGGAUUUACUCUGGGCGGGAACAAGUGCUGGCGCCAUCGUGACUGUGGCUAUACCCCGAGUCACUCUGAAUUCCACAAAACAGACUAUGGAACCUCCACAACUGGAAGUCCUAAAGCAAGGCCAUAUAGGCCAUGUUCGCUUCUUAGUCAGUUUGGAAAGCGUUGCGGACUCUGACACAAAUACCGUACCGGAAGGUCCUCGGGUUUCACUCAGUCCCAAACCGGAGCCCACUGCAACGAAGUUUCAAUAUGGGAAAAAAGAUUCUACCAAUGACUUCCUAUCUACAAGCAGUACCACGGAAAAAACCGACUCGAGUUCAGAAAGUCGACCGUUAAAUAUGACGGACGACAGACGAUUUGCACAACCUGAAAGUGUACUCUCAAGUCAGCCUAUACGGAGUCCACAUCCUCCACCACGCCCCAAACCCCCCAAUCUUUCCCAUCUUCAGCAGGCGACUAAAAGCGAACCAACAGUGACCAGUGAUUCCACUUCUAGCGAUGUUAUUACUCCGUUGGAAAACCGAUUGUCAAUAUCUCCCAGUCAUCGUCAUUAUCUACUGGGUAUUCGACGAGCCUCAGUAAAUCCGUGCACAACAAUCGCUACACAAAUGAAAGUCAUUAGCGGAGGAGAAGGUUUAGAAGAGUACAAUACAAGUGAAGUCACCACAUCUACUCCAGAAGUGACCUCAAACGAAAAUUUGGGUGACAACGAUAGCACGAAUCAAAUUCUCAUUUGGGAUGUACAUUGA